AUGGAUAACUCUUCAGUUUCCACCGAAACUUAUUAUAAUAGCGACAAGAUUAUCGAUUCCACUGCGGAUUCUAUACCACACUCUCAGCAUCCAGCACUCAAGGACAAAAGUUCUUCUCCUCCUUCUCUGUCUCAUGCUAAUCUGGAGAUUCCUCAAACAAUUCAUAGCCUUUUUGAUGAUGGAACUACCAAAGGAAAGAUUUUACAAGAGACCACAAGGGGAAAGGAAAAAAAGAUGCCCAUGAAGAAGAAGAAAAAGUUCAAAAAACUAUCAGAAUUGGUUGAUUUGAAGAAUUCUUAUGCUUGCAAUGAGGCGUUCAAUAACUUCCAGGCACUUGGAGCCCACAUCGCAACCCACAAUAGGAAUAAGAAGAUGGAGAAAGUGCCAUUUGAUAAAUUAGGGACUAAAGAAGGUGGUGCUGGAGACAGGGAAGAAAAGGGCUCAAGUUCAGUAGGACCAAUAGUCAAUAGAGAAAAGAAAUAUAAGUGUAAUUUGUGCUCAAGAAGGUUUUUGACAGGGCAAGCACUUGGAGGUCAUAAAAACUAUCACCGGAAGGUUGCCCGUGUUGAAGCUCGGCAAGCUCCAGGAAGCGACAUCCUCUGA